GGAAUGUUAGGGUUAAAUGUGUGUGUCUGUGUCUGUUUGAGCGACAUGAGGGAGGGAGUUCCGGGCUUCAUAAGGGACGUUGUCGCCUCACUUUGCUUACACAGGUUGAUCUUCUCUUCACACAACAAGUCGGAGGUUCACUAAGGUUAUGUUCAAUGAUUGGUUUUAGAGCUGACUAAUUACAACCGCCGCAAUGAUUGUGCACCUGUUCCUGUGCAUGCUCUGUACAACUUGCCUGGCACAACUACCAUUCCAGGACCAUUACUCUUUCUCCCCAACGGUUGGAAGUGGUAGUGGAACGUCAUUUGCGACACAAGGAACCGGUAGAAUCACAGCAGUUCGGGUUUGGGAGCUAAAUUCCGCUUACAUCGUUGGACUUCAAUUGCGCUAUGACUAUAUUUGGACUAAUCAAAUCGGCCGAACAGUUGGCCAACCACUGGAAAUGAUACUGCACCCAGGAGAAAAAAUUAUUCAGGUGUCUGGUAAAUACUUCACCUCCAACUUCAUCUAUCAGCUGAUAUUUGUGACCAGCACAGGCCGCAGUUUGAUCGCUGGCCAGCCUACACAGACCUCCUUUAACUUUUACCCCACUUACCCGGAUGCCGAGCUCCGAAUCCUGAGUGGCCGUUUCAACGGGGCUGGAAUCACUGGACUGGGAGCUCAUUGGGGAUUGAUCAACCCAGAUGGAGCGGUGAACCCAAAUAGCACUUCCACGGGCUAAAGGCAUGCCAGCUUCAUAGUUUAGUCUUGAUGAAUUACAGAAGCUUCAAAAAUAUUUACUUACUCUUCAAUGAACAUUUUACUAUGGAUAUUUGAUAUAAAAUAUGUAUAUUGGAACAAAUCAUUAAAUGAUUCCCAAUGAUUGUCAAGAUUAACCCAAGAAGGGUUAGCUUAUAAUUUUUGGUAUUUUCGUUGGUCAUAAUUUAAUUACCGUAUCUUACUGUAUAUUUUGUGUUAUCAUUAUUAACCUCUUUCACGCUGCAUUUUUAUCAACAAUAAUUAUUAAUUUAAAGGAAAAUAAAUUGUAUCUUUGAGCAAUUUAAUUAGCUUAUCAUUUGAUUUUUAUACUGGUUUCCUGCACUUCAAACGCUUUGUUGAUGGUGUCUACGCUCAUAUGUGGCAUGGUUAUACAGGUUUAACUGGAAUAAGCAUUGACCUCUUACAGUAACAGAACAAAUUAUUCUAAAAAGGGAGCAAAAAAAAUACAUCAGACCACUGCUCUUGCUUUGUUGUCUUUUCAGUCACAGGAGCUGAGGCAGAUAUGCCAAACAAUGUGAAAAAGUUAACAAAAGGAAGAAUUGAAUCUGACAGUUGGUGAUGACAAAUUAAGAUACACUGUACACACACUGUGUAUAAAGCCCUUUAAAAAAACAGAAACACCGGCAAAAAUAAUCAAUUUACAUGUUAUGACCUGCGUAUUAACAUUGUUAUAAUAAAAGAUAACAGAGAUAAACUACUUUUAGCAGCGCCUUGAUCACAAAGCGGUAACUAGCUUCUGCAGUUAUUAACAUACUGAGCUGGCAAGCUGCUGCAUCGCCUCUGGGUUUGUAAAAGUUUGUGCAAAAUUAUAAAUCAUGCCUCUCAAGUGUAAAAUAGAAGGUUGUGGUCAUAAGCUGACAACUUGAAAAUCAAUUUAGGACUGUAGACUUCGCAAGGAAGACUUGAGAAGGCGCUUGUUUUCUCCCACAAUUAUGUUUUUUUACCUACAGAGUGAGGACUAUGAUUAAUAAUUAUCGCCUCCCCGCUCUAAAGGUUUAUUGUAGAUCACAAAUCUUACAUCUCACCUGGAUAGAAGAAGGCUGAGGAUGUAUUUAGACCCGUAGCCAAUUUAUACCCGGAAAAAGCUAGAACGACACGAAAAGACGCUUAGCUCCACUUCCUUGUUCUUUGCGAGGAUUAUAAAUAAUUCUUCAUCUAAAUGAGAAUAUAACAACAUUCUAUCAUUUGCCAUCCCAAUGACAGCAGACAUUGUACAGUAAGUGAUGUUAUAUCAUGUUUGUUGGCUCUCAUACAGUUCGCAGUAAGUAGUAAUCUGCUACAGUGUUGAAAAAAAAAGCAAACGCUGUGAUGAGUUUUUAAAAUAAUGUGCCGCGUAUGCUUACAAUUAUCAAAAUAUGUAAAUAUUUAUCCAUCCAUCCAUUUUCGACCGCUUAUUCCCUUUUAGGGUCGCGGGGGACGCUGGCGCCUAUCUCAGCUACAAUCGGGCGGAAGGCAGCGUACACCCUGGACAAGUCGCCACCUCAUUGUAGGGCCUGUAAAUAUGUAUUGUUAUUAUACAUUUGCCCAUUACUAGAUUACAUAUAUACUUAUGUCAUUUAUAUAAAACCUAAAUGAAGGUGUUUUAUUGUUUUUUAAGGGCUUUAUAGGCAGAAUAGAGCAGCUCCCAUAGGUUCCAUUAUAAGCAGAAUUUUGAUCCCACGUAUUUUAAUAUUUAGAAUGCAGUAAAAAAAAUAAAAAAAUCAUCUGUUGUCUUGUCAUUCAUAAUGAUUGUGAACAAUAGGCAAAAUUCCACCCCCAAAAUGUCCACUUCCCCUUUAACAAAAUGUUAUCUUUACAUAAACGGAUAUAGAUCAAACUGAACAUAUUUAAAGUAAACAUACUUUCCUAACUGUGGAACAGAGUCAACAAGAUAGUGUGUAUAUAUGGAACGAAAUGGCCCCAAUGAGGGUCCAUUACUAUUUACUGUCAUUUAGCCCUACAACUCCCCCAGGGGGUCCCCCAUGCCCUACUGUAUUAAUUAAGUGUGCCUUUUCUUUGGCCCACCCCAUGAUGUUAUUAAUUUUCUCUGCUUAGAAUAAAUAAAAAUGGCGUCUAUCGAUAACACACAUGUCAUUGUUUUUAUGUCAAGAUGAUUGGGAACGGUUUAUAAUAGUUAUGUGCAAUAAAACGUUUCAUGAACUCAA